GUGUGAUGAGUGCAAGCCGCUCACGUCAGAGCUCUCGUUUAUGGAAUUCCCUUUGUACCGAGUACUAUCACUUGUAAGAAAAGUAAAAAUCGGUCCUUACUUUCUGUAGCUUCGGUGAACGAACUCUCCCUCAUGGUCCGAACCAAUCUCCGUCGAAAGCAUUACGUCGGCAGCUUUUGGCCGACGCUGUCAGUCUUACUUCAAGGUACCAGGGCCGCUAUCAUUGGCAAUACUCAAGUUGCUGUGCUCAGUGAUAGCCUUGAUAAGAGGAUGUGUUCGAAUAUCUACACCAUGAAUUCCUACCAUGUCCUAUAUCUCACAAGAUCCCUAUCUGUGGCCAUUUCUCGACUAUAACUUCAUCUCUAGCUAUUUUUUAGUUGCAUCCUAUGCUGUGGUGGUAUACGAUUGGGCCUUGGCGUUCGGACAAGAGGU